AUGGGCUACCCGAGGCGCCGCGCCCACCCGCGCCGCGGCGCCCUGCUGCCGGCGGUGGCGGCGCUCCUCCUGCUCUUCCUCGCCGUCUCGCUCCUCUCCAUCGCCAUCUCCACGCCGCCUCUCGCGGAACGCCACCCCGGCAUCUCCCGCCGAUCCCUCCGCCACCCUCCGACAAGUCGAUGGACUGCGAGAGAUCUGUGGGGUUCGGAGCUCGCUAGCAACUUCUAUGGAUGCAGUCACUCUAGCAGAAAAUUUCUCGCCUUUUUAAAAUCCUGCAGAUUCCAGUGUUGCCACGCAACCAGAUCGAUAUUUGCUUAUUUUUACAAGUGGAGGUCUGAAUCAGCAGAGAACAGGGGUGAGAUAGUUGAUGCUGUAGUUGCUGCGCGCAUUUUAAACGCUACACUUGUUGUUCCCAAAUUGGACCAAACAUCUUUCUGGAAAGAUUCAAGCAAUUUUUCCGAAAUCUUUGAUAUCGACUGGUUCAUUUCAUUUCUUGCGAAGGAUGUCAAAAUUAUCAAAGAACCUCCACAAAAAGGAGGUAAAGCUGUGCGACCUUAUAAAAUGCGUAUACCCCGAAAGUGUACUCCACAAUGUUACUUGAAGCGUGUCUUGCCUACACUUCUGAAGAAACAUGCUCUUCGACUGACUAAAUAUGACUAUAGGCUCUCGAAUAAGUUGGACACUGACCUACAAAAACUGCGCUGCAGAGUAAAUUACCAUGCUUUGAGAUUUACUGAUCCAAUACAAGAGUUGGGUGAAAAGCUAAUACAGCGAAUGCGAGAGAAGAGCAAAUAUUUUAUUGCUCUUCAUCUGAGAUUUGAAAGUGAUAUGCUUGCCUUUUCUGGGUGUUACUAUGGUGGUGGAGAAAAGGAGAGAAGAGAUCUAGGUGCCAUUCGCAAGCGAUGGAAAACCUUGCAUACAAGUAACCCAGAGAAAGGAAGAAGGCAAGGUAGGUGCCCACUAACUCCGGAGGAGGUAGGGCUGCUGUUGAGGGCAUUGGGCUAUGGAAGCGAUGUCCAUAUCUAUGCUGCUUCUGGUGAGAUAUAUGGAGGGGAAGAAACUUUGGCACCCCUCAAAGCGCUCUUCCCAAAUUACCAUACAAAAGAAUCAUUGUCAAGCAAAGAUGAGUUGACUCCAUUCUUGACACACUCAUCCCGCAUGGCUGCAAUUGAUUUCAUUGUCUGUGAUGGAAGUGAUGCUUUUGUGACUAACAAUAAUGGCAACAUGGCCAAAAUGCUUGCUGGGCGGAGGAGAUAUUUUGGCCACAGGAGAACAAUCCGGCCAAAUGCCAAACAGCUCUACCACUUAUUUACAAACAGGGGAAAUAUGUCAUGGGACAAAUUCUCGUCGCAGGUGCGAAAAGUCCAGAAAGGAUUUAUGGGAAAUCCCAUGGAAGCCAUGCCAGGAAGAGGCGAAUUCCAUGCCAAUCCUGCUGCGUGUAUAUGCGAAAAGACAGAUGAAAAUAAAUCGAGCCCUGGUAGUAAUCAGGAAAUUGUAAAUCGCACGGGAAUAAGGAAGGCCAUCGGUGAACCAGCAUAUCCUGUCUACACCGAUGAAGAGGCGGAUGGAUCUGACACUGAAGACAAUCCCACAGGGACAGGAGAAGAAGAGAUGAUUACUGAAGACGGUCCUGCCGCUGGAGAAGAGAUGGUCACUGAAGACGACCCCACUGCGACAGAAGAGGUAAUUGUUACCGAAGCUGAGGCCGACGACGAUUCUUCGGUCAGACAGGAGGGUUCCGAGCUGGAGGAGAUCCUUUCGGAUUAG